UAUGUAAUUAUAAUCUAAUUAAAAAUUCAUAAUUCCCCUCCUCCCCCUUCCCCCUCCCUUCCUUCCUUCCCUUGCACCCCAAUUUGGGGGGUAAGCCGAAACAGUGAAUUUACGCUCACGUUUUGCACCCCCCUACUAUUACAAAAUAACCAAACGGGGGUAAACACCUUGGAACUUGUGUUUACCCCUCCAAACUUGCACCCCCUUCUAUUUACACCCUUUCCCAAACAUAGUGUUAGCAAUCGCAUCCGCCUGCUUCUCUCUACUUUCCGUUCGCAUUAACCCUGAACCCUCUCUCUCUCUCUCUCUCUCUCUCUCGGUUUUCUUGUUCUUUUAUCGCAAAUCAAACGAUGACCGAUCAGCCGCAGCGGCUGAGCAUCGACAAUCUCCGGCGAACGACCCAUCUAAUCAGACAGGCCACCGCCUCCUUCUCUUCGAAUCUCCUCACAUUUCUCUUCCUCUCUUUCCUACUCUUUUCCUUCCGAGCCCUCGUCGAGAAUGGCACCCACCUUCUCACCUCCUUCAUCGACCGUGACCCGUCCCUCAAAUCCCUCCUAUCCCGCCUUGACCUAGGCGGCCACCACCAGAACCCCAAUACCAUCCACGACCACAAUCCUCGCUUCCACCGCCGCCACUUCCUCCACCUCACCCGUGUUGGGACCCUAGAUGACGACUUCUUCUCCGGGGACGACGACUCUGAUCGCUCGCUCUUCGGUCCGAAUCGCAAGAUUCCCCCAAAUGCAAGCUCCGUAAUUCUCAACAACUUCCACUCAGGGUUCGGGUUCUCGCACUUCGUCGUCGAUAACGGAGUUAGGGUUCCGGAAAUUGUUCGCUCCGGGGUUCAAUUCAAGGCCGACAGUCUGCCCUUUGAAGAUAUUAAAGCGGAAAAGAUUGAUUACGACAGCAAUGGGAGCCAUCAACCAGAGGAUGAAAAUGGGCAGUCGAUGGGUUUGCAGAAAGGUCGGGACCUGGACCGUGUUGUUGAUUUCCAGUUCUUCGUUAAGGGGUUGGAGCUCGGCCGCCGAGAUGCGGCGGCGCUCUUCUACCUAGUAAGUUUCUUGUCUGCGGCUUAUGGAUGGGUGAUCCUCGGGUUCACGGCAAUGUAUUCCUGGAUGUUAGGGAUUGUGUUCGUUGCCGUGGUGAAUGAUCUGUUGGAGAGGUUCAGUUCAUUUGUCGGUAUCGUGUGGGAUGGGUCGAGAUUAGGGCUCAAGAGACUUACAGGCUUCAUUCUUAUGAGAUGGGCAGUGAGGGAUGCUUUGACUCAACUUGUGGGAUUGUGCUACUUUGGAGAAAUCGAGGAUCAGUACUCGUUUUUCAAGCUGUUUGUGAGGCUAAAGCUGAUGCCUUUCUCUGUUAUGUCUCCGUGGAUUGGUGGUUACGAGAAGGAGAUAUCAGGCUUCUUGUUUACUUGGUUUCUGUUGGAUACCUUGGUGGGGUUAGUAUUUGCUGUGGAUGCUUGGGUUACAAUUGUUGAUUCCAGGAGGACUGGUAGGGAGAUAGUAAAGGAAGGUUGUUACUUGAUAUCAACAAUGUUUCACCAAGCUGUUCAGUUGAAGUGUAUGGAAGCUAUACUCUGUGGAUCUGCAACUAGAUGGGUCUUAUCCCGGGUAUUGGGGAAGUACUUGGCUGCAAUACUUCAAUCGGUUGUGGAGGUUUACUUCAUGGUGGCCUGGCUGAUAUUUUACUUUGCAGCAAGGUGCAAGGAAGCUCACUCUGAAGGAAGAAGGUUUGGGAGGAGAGAAUUGGAAGGGCUAAUUGAUGGCCUGAGAUGAUCAUUGAUGAUGUAUAUGGAAAUGAAUGCUUCCAUUUGCAUAUGCUGAUUUAGCAGCUGCAAAGCUAGAAUAGCAAAGCAGUGAAGACCUUUCAGUGCUUUUGUGUGUUGAUGUUUUUGUAAGUCUGCACUUGGAAUAUCGGCUGGUUUUGCUCACUCUGGAGUGAGCCCUAUCUGUUGUAUGUACACUCUAUAAAGAAUGGGGAAAAAUAUACUACUGUGUAUAUUCUUUUGUGCGAGAAAUGAAUGCCUUCCAUGUGUAUAUUUCCAUUCUUGCAGAGCAUUGUUCUGAAGAACUGGGCAAAAUACGCCUUUCUGUCGUUGAUCUUGAUAGAGGUACAAAUUUUCCUCUGUAUUGAGAGUUUGUGUGCAUGUUUAGUGCUUUCUCUACUGCUCUAUGUCCGACUGAAGCACGACUCAAUGAUAACGAUCAGUUUCAUUUGUUAUAUCCACGUAUUUAAGUGUACUUGCAUUUGUAUUGUUUGUAGUUUAUGAUCAUCAAGAUUAACAAUGAAGAUACUUGGUGAAAGUUUGUUAAGAAAAAGUCCUCCGGUUUUGUGCGUUCUGUGGCUGUGACUAAACCAUAACAAUUCAGCUCAACAUCAAGCCUCUGUUACUUGUUUUUUGUUGUUGUUGUUGGUAGAACAAGCCUCUGUUACUUCCAUUUGGUACGAAAUGCUUGCAUCAAUACCAGAUUGACUUGCUGGCUGGCUUCGACACAAGUUCGAACAGGGCACGGAGGCAAAGAAUGAAAAUGGACUGUGGAA